GCAUCUGAUCAAACAUGCGAUUAACAAUAGACAGAUGCAUGUUUCCCUUAUUGAUUAGUAAAAUAAUUUAAACCCUUGAUUUUCACUUAUCUGUAUGUUUAAGUUAAGCAAAUCUACUGACUCAGAACAAGCAUGAGUUAAACUAGCUUCAUCAUCUUCUGCCUCAUCCUUUCCAAUUUACCAUCCAUUUAGAAAAGUGAUGUUGUGCCUGAAUUUCCACAAUCUACAUCACUAAUCCAGUAAUCAAAGAACUCAAAUGUCUAUUUCAGUUUUGAAGCUACAAUGAAACUUGUUAAGAAUCUUUGACUGCUUGGGAGAUCAUUUUCCAUUAGAGGUUAGCGUUUUAACUUUAACUGACAGAUAGUGGUAAUACGAGUGAAUAUGAAAAAACAUUAAACAAGAAUAUACAUUAACUUAGGAAUGAAAUUCAUGAGACCGGCAAAUAAUAGUUGUGGCGAAUUUUUGUUACUCAUUUGACAAAUAAAGGAAGUGCAUCUUCUCAGCCUUAAAUACCCUUCUUAAUCUAGAUAAUCCGUUAAAUUCACAGCGCAUUCUUCAGUAUUCUCUUAAAAACUUCCUAAACUUGCAAAGAGGGAAAUGGUAUUUCAUUUAUGAGGGCAACUAAUUAAAAGUUUUCAGAAUUGCAAUUUGGCUGCAGAGAGGAUAGUGCCUUUUCUAACAAAGUAGUCAGAAGAAAAUUUAUCCAGAUAUUCAUUUUAAUGAUACUUGCAAGCUAUGGCUGGCUCCAAGAUAGAGAACAAGUCAUCUAAGCAUAUUGUUAUUCAUCCUUUUACAGAAAGUUAAUUUUCGCGUCAAAGUUAGUUUAUAAGAAUAUAUCCUGAUCUGAAGCAAGAGCCUUGAAGAAAAAUUUCCCUAGUUCUCAAAAGACAGCAAAAACUACACUCAAUUUGCUUGACAGGCUGGUUCUUUUCUUCUUCAUAUUUAUGGUAAAUCCAAUUUUCGGCUAUAUCUAGCAAGCCGUUAUAUUUUCUAGCUUUGUCUUUUUUUUGUUUGCCAAAAUUUUCUAGAUUUGUUUAGGAAGUACAUUCUUGCUAGUGGUAUAUCAUUUCGUGUUGCCUAAUAUCUCAUGUGUGUUCCAUAGGUGAUGGAGGAGCUGACAUCUUUGGGGAAAAUCACAUUCCCAUUAGUAAUUUCUGGCCUGAUUUUCUACUCCAAGUCCUUAAUCUCAAUGUUGUUUUUGGGACAUCUUGGAAACAUUGAGUUAGCUGGAGGCUCACUGGCAAUGGGAUUUGCAAACAUCACAGGCUAUUCUGUAAUGAAUGGUCUGGCCAUGGGGAUGGAACCUAUAUGCUGUCAGGCUUUUGGAGCCAAAAAAUGGACAGUUCUUAGCCAAACUUUUAAACAGACCCUCUGCCUCCUAUUACUUGCAGCCAUACCAAUCACCCUACUAUGGCUGAACAUGGAGCCCAUCCUUCUAUCAAUUGGUCAGGAUAAGACCAUAAUAUCAGUGGCAAAGGUAUUUCUCACAUACUCUAUUCCUGAAUUGCUUGCCCAAGCUCUCCUCAGUCCUUUAAAAAUUUUCUUAAGAGCCCAAAGUCUAACCUUACCCUUCACUCUUUCUGCAACUUGGGCCACAAUCCUCCACCUUCCAAUCAACUACUUCCUCACAAUAUAUUUGGAUUUGGGGGUUAGAGGAAUCGCUCUGGCCUCUGCUUGCAACACAUUAAACUUAAAUUUAGCUUUGCUAGUGUAUCUCUUCUUUACAGAAACAGCAAUAAAACCUUGGGAUGGUCAAGUGGUAACCAAAUGCUAUCGAGAUUGGCAAUCACUGGUGACACUAAUGAUUCCAAGUGUAUUUUCUGUAUGUUUAGAAUGGUGGUGGUAUGAGAUAAUGGUGCUACUUUGUGGCUUAAUUAAUAAUCCACAGACAAGUGUGGCUGCAAUGGGAAUUCUUAUGCAAACAACAGGACUUUUAUAUGUUUUUCCUCAUUCUCUACGCUCAAGUUUAUCAAUUCGUGUUGGGCAAGAGUUAGGGGCUGAAGCGCCUGCACAGGCACGACAGAUAACCAUUAUAGGACUCAUUACAGCAAUGGUAUGUGGACUGCUAUCUUUCACUUUCACAAUUGCAGUAAAGGACGUGUGGGGAAAGUUAUAUACACAUGAGGCUCAGGUUUUGGCAUUGACAAAAGUUGUCCUACCUAUAUUAGGCUUUUGUGAGCUUGGAAACUGUCCUCAGACAGCAGCAUGUGGAAUCCUGGUAGGUUCUGCUAGGCCUAAUGUGGGUGCUUGUAUAAAUUUUUGUUCCUUUUACCUUGUUGGUUUGCCAAUUGCUGCUUAUGCGGCUUUUAAAUUAAAGAUGGAUUUGCUUGGGUUGUGGUUUGGGCUUGCUGCAGCACAAGCUACAUGUAUGUGUAUGAUGAUUUGCACUCUAGUUUUCACUGAUUGGAACUACCAAGCUAAGAGGGCUAAGGAGCUGACUCAAGGGACAGAAGACCACAAAAAAGAUUUGGAAGCCAAUCUUCUUAGUUAGUUCUAGUUUUCUAUAAUUCACAACCACAGCCCUUUGUAACAUGAGAUGAUCCAGACCUAGUCAUUUAUGCUAGCAAAAGAUCUUCAUGUACAUUUUUUUCUGGGUUUAUCUAUUUUGUCCUUUCUUAGGCAGGUUGGGAAAAUCAAACAUUAUUUUGUUAAGAGCAGCCUUAAU